CUACCGGGACUCCCGUCAAACGAACAGUCCAUGCGGUGUGGGACACGCAAAAUACCAAUCUUAUCUAAACUCUCCGUACCGAAUUCACAUUUUGAACCAUAACGUUACCUAAAACCCGCAACCACAUCCCCCAUUUCCUCAUAUUCUGCCGAGAAUCUCUCAUCGGUGUCGCAAUUUCGUGCGGCGUUUCGAUUACGACUUCCGAAUAAUACGCGAAACCAUUCAGCAACCUACUCAACGACAAACGAAUAAUUACAACCAAAUGGUAAUUAUGUUGACAAAGUGAGGCGACGAUUAUACAUCGAGUUUUGCAUGAUUGUGCUUCUAAACGUGCCUUAGAAGUUAGUAGUUCGAGGAGUGCGUUAAAAGUUGCGUGAACAUUUUUUUUAGUUAUGCUUCUCCGUUAAUUUUUUCUCAUCAAAAAGUGAAUUUAAAAACAUGGUGUUUUAAUGAACGGUUUCUCUCUAUCUGGCUGUGAUGAAUAAAACGUAGGAUUCUAAGAUUUAGGCGUAAGAAAUGAUCAGGAAUGCAGGAAGACAACAAUUUCAAUGUGACAGGCACCGAAGACGCGUCCAAACACAUCGAGGACAUCGCAUUGGCUAUUUUAUUGGCCGUAGUAAUCAUCAUCACCCUUAUCGGCAAUACCCUUGUUAUCAUCGCGGUUUUAACUACGAGAAGAUUAAGAACUGUUACAAAUUGCUUUGUGAUGUCAGUGGCAAUUGCAGAUUGGUUGGUUGGGAUAACCGUGAUGCCGCCGGCGAUAGUAUACCGAAUUAGACGUAAAUGGGAAAUGGGUUGGAUUUUGUGUGACAUAUGGAUAUCGUUGGAUAUUCUCUUGUGUACAGCAUCAAUCCUGAGUUUAUGUGCCAUAAGCAUAGAUCGCUACUUGGCGGUGACCCAACCUCUUAGUUACUCCAGAAAGAGACGAUCGAAACGACUCGCUUUUAGCAUGAUUUUGGUGGUCUGGGUUAUAUCCGCUUUAAUCACAUGUCCUCCGAUGUUUGGUUGGUACGAACCAGGACGCCAUAAUGACUUCAAAUGCACCUACAACGCUAACGCCGGUUAUGUCGUCUUCUCUGCGAUGUUCUCGUUUUUCAUUCCAAUGACCAUUAUGCUUUACGUGUACGUGCGAAUCUCGUGCAUUGUCGCUCAGAGGCAUGACCAAUUAUCACACAUCAAUAGCAGAGUAAAGAAAGGUCAGAAGCUGGUGUUGAACGCGAAGGAUGAAUCGGAAUUGGACCGGAUGUCCUCGGACUGCGACGAACACAAUGUUAAUAUCAAGUGCACCAGGUACAUUAGCCAGCUUAGUGCACGUAUCACAGCGGGAGAUCCAAUAAACCAAAAUAAUCACAAUGAAGUUCGCAAAAAUGGGCAGCAACAAUCCCGCUCUCUAAGAUCGACUUUAAAUUACACGUUCACGCCUGAACCAGCAACUCCGCAAAGGGCUGCAAGCUUUUACACCCCUACAACGCCGUUACCAGCGAAUAGAUCGCGACCGGAAUCUCUACAAUUAGAUGUAUCCAUUCUAAACUUUGAGCCGGCUACCAGAGUUUCUUCCUUCCGUAGGGAAACAAAAACAGCACAAACCCUAAGCAUUGUUGUAGGAGGAUUUAUAGCAUGUUGGCUUCCGUUUUUCAUCUACUACGUGUUGAUGCCGAUUUUACCAAAAGAAGCCCAAAACAACGUAGUUAUGGGCUAUUUCACGUUUUUGGGUUGGAUCAAUUCCGCCAUUAACCCGUUCAUAUAUGCGUUUUAUAGCCCGGAUUUCCGAAUAGCUUUUUGGAGACUUACGUGCCGGCAUUGUUCAAAAUCCCGCAGGACAAACGCUUUCCAGCACAGAUAAACAAGCUCGACGUGAUCGAUGAUUACUCGUCAUCUCUCUCUUUAUCUCUUUUUUCAUUUUGUUGUCUUCGUUUAGUUUUAUAUUUUCUAUUUGCCAUUACUGUCUAGUGCGUACGUAUUUAUCAAAUAUUUAUGAAAUUCUAGUCAAUGUGUGUUGUAAGUAGCUCUUAAAAUUGUACUGUUACAAAACUGAAAGACACAACCAAAUACGUAUUAUCUAAGAAAUACAUAGGUAGCAUAAAUA